AGGAGGAGGGGGAGGAGCCCUUCAGCCCCGCUGCUCUCUGCUGGGGGUUGGGGCUAGCUUUCCCCGCGCGAGUCUCCCUGGCAAGUGCCCCCGAUAGUGAGGCCCACCAUGCUGGCGCUGCCGAGGCUGCUGCGCUCUUGCUGGGGCAUCUUCGUGCUCUUCUGGACGGCGUUUCUGAACAUCACGCUGGUGGAUGUGGUCGGCUCGGAGCAGCAGAUCCCCCUCUCAGUGGUGAAGCUCUGGGCCUCUGCCUUCGGUGGGGAUGAAUCCAUCGCAGCCAAGUAUUCAGGUUCCCAGCUUCUGCAGAAGAAAUACAAAGAAUAUGAGAAGGAUGUGGCAAUAGAAGAAAUUGAUGGCCUCCAGUUGGUGAAAAAGCUGGCAAAGAACAUGGAGGAGAUGUUCCAUAAGAAGUCAGAAGCAGUCAGGCGUCUCGUGGAAGCUGCAGAGGAGGCUCACCUGAAACACGAAUUUGAUGCUGACUUACAGUAUGAAUAUUUCAAUGCAGUCCUGAUUAAUGAGCAAGAUGAGGAAGGAAAAUAUUUGGAGCUGGGGAAGGAAUUCAUCUUGGUUCCAAAUGAUCAUUUUAACAACUUGCCUGUCAACAUUAGCCUGAGUGAUGUUCAAGUUCCAACCAACAUGUACAACAAGGAUCCCGCAAUUGUCAAUGGCGUAUACUGGUCGGAGUCUUUAAACAAAGUGUUUGUAGAUAAUUUUGACCGGGACCCUUCUCUCAUAUGGCAGUAUUUUGGAAGUGCAAAGGGCUUCUUUAGACAGUAUCCAGGUAUUAAAUGGGAACCAGAUGAGAAUGGAGUCAUUGCUUUUGACUGCAGAAACCGAAAAUGGUAUAUCCAAGCUGCCACUUCUCCAAAAGAUGUCGUUAUCUUAGUGGACGUGAGUGGCAGCAUGAAAGGGCUUCGCUUGACCAUUGCCAAGCAAACAGUAUCUUCGAUUUUGGAUACCCUGGGAGACGAUGACUUCUUCAACAUCAUUGCUUAUAAUGAAGAACUCCACUAUGUCGAACCGUGCUUGAAUGGGACCUUAGUCCAGGCAGACAGGACCAACAAGGAGCAUUUCAGAGAACACCUGGACAAGCUUUGUGCCAAAGGAAUUGGGAUGCUGGACAUUGCUUUGAACGAGGCCUUCAGUGUGCUCAGUGAAUUCAACCACACCGGCCAGGGAAGCAUCUGUAGCCAGGCAAUAAUGCUCAUUACCGAUGGGGCCGUAGAUACCUACGAUACAAUCUUUGCAAAGUAUAAUUGGCCAGAAAGGAAGGUCCGCAUCUUUACAUAUCUGAUAGGAAGAGAAGCCGCAUUUGCUGACAACCUCAAAUGGAUGGCCUGUGCCAACAAAGGCUUUUUCACUCAGAUCUCCACUUUGGCUGAUGUUCAAGAGAAUGUCAUGGAGUAUCUACAUGUGUUGAGCCGGCCAAAGGUUAUUGACCAGGAGCAUGAUGUGGUCUGGACUGAAGCAUACAUCGACAGCACUCUUCCCCAGGCACAAAAGCUUGCUGAUGAUCAGGGGCUGGUCUUGAUGACGACAGUCGCCAUGCCUGUGUUCAGCAAGCAAAAUGAAACUAGAUCAAAAGGGAUUCUGCUUGGAGUGGUUGGCACUGAUGUCCCAGUGAAGGAGCUCCUGAAGACCAUUCCUAAAUAUAAGUUGGGGAUUCACGGUUAUGCUUUUGCGAUCACCAACAAUGGCUACAUCCUGACUCAUCCUGAACUCAGGCCUUUGUAUGAAGAAGGAAAAAAGCGGAGGAAACCCAACUAUAGCAGCGUUGACCUUUCGGAAGUGGAAUGGGAAGACCGGGAUGAUGUGCUCAGAAAUGCCAUGGUGAAUCGGAAGACGGGGAAAUUUUCCAUGGAGGUCAAGAAGACAGUGGACAAAGGGAAACGGGUUUUGGUGAUGACAAAUGACUACUAUUACACUGACAUCAAGGGCACGCCUUUCAGUUUAGGUGUGGCUCUCUCUAGAGGACAUGGGAAAUAUUUCUUCAGAGGGAACGUAACCAUAGAAGAAGGCCUGCACGACUUAGAACAUCCUGACGUGUCCUUGGCAGAUGAAUGGUCUUAUUGCAACACAGACUUACAGCCUGAACACCGACAGCUGUCCCAAUUGGAUGCUAUUAAGCUCUACCUCAAAGGAAAAGAGCCACUUCUUCAGUGUGACAAAGAAUUAAUCCAGGAAGUUCUCUUUGAUGCUGUAGUGAGUGCCCCCAUCGAAGCUUACUGGACCAGCCUCGCGCUCAACAAAUCAGAGAACUCCGACAAGGGCGUCGAGGUCGCCUUCCUCGGCACCCGGACCGGCCUCUCCAGGAUCAACCUGUUUGUGGGUGCCGAGCAGCUCACCAACCAAGACUUCCUGAAAGCUGGAGAUAAGGAGAAUAUUUUCAAUGCUGAUCACUUUCCACUCUGGUACAGAAGAGCAGCUGAGCAGAUUCCAGGCAGCUUUGUCUACUCCAUCCCAUUCAGCGUCGGAGCCGUAAAUAAAAGCAAUGUGGUGACUGCGAGUACUUCCAUCCAACUCCUCGAUGACAGGAAAUCACCAGUGGUAGCAGCUGUAGGCAUUCAGAUGAAACUCGAAUUUUUCCAGCGGAAGUUCUGGACUGCCAGCAGACAGUGCGCCUCUCUGGAUGGCAGGUGCUCCAUUAGCUGUGAUGAUGAAACCAUUAAUUGUUACCUGAUCGAUAAUAACGGCUUCAUCCUGGUGGCUGAAGACUACAUGCAGACUGGAAACUUUUUUGGUGAGGUCGAGGGAGCUGUGAUGAACAAAUUGUUAACAAUGGGCUCCUUUAAGAGGAUUACACUUUAUGACUACCAGGCUAUGUGCAGAACCAACAAAGAGAGCACUGACCGGGCUCACAGUUUAUUAGAUCCUUAUAAUGCCUUCUUUGCGGCUGUUAAAUGGAUAAUGACGGAACUGAUCUUGUUUCUGGUGGAAUUUAACUUGUGCAGUUGGUGGCACUCAGAAACCACAGCCAAAGCCCAAAGGUUGAAACAAACUCUGGAACCCUGUGACACAGAAUAUCCAGCCUUCGUCUCGGAGCGUACCAUCAAGGAGACGACGGGCAACAUUGCAUGCGAAGACUGCUCCAAGUCCUUUGUCAUCCAGCAGAUCCCAAGCAGCAAUCUGUUCAUGGUGGUGGUCGAUAACCAAUGUGCCUGUGAUUCGGUGUCACCCAUUACCAUGGCUCCAAUUGAAAUCAGGUAUAAUGAAUCCCUUAAGUGUGAACGCUUGAAAUCCCAGAAAAUCAGAAGGCGGCCAGAAUCCUGUCAUGGCUUUCAUCCUGAAGAGAAUGCAAGAGAAUGUGGGGGAGCCCUGGGUCUCUGUGCCAAGCCUGUCCUCCUUGUGAUCCCUCUGCUUCUGAUGCUUUUCUCAAGGUGACACUGACUGGUUUGUUCCCUUGGCAUGCUAAUUAAUUACAUGGAUAAACUGUGAACUGAAAUAUGGUGCAACAUAGACGACAGGAAAUAUAGUCCAACCAUCAGCAUUUCAUGAUUUUAACUGUGCGUGAUAUAAACUCUUAAAGAUAAUGUCAAGAAAAAAAAAAGGUUAUCUUUUUACUUUGCCAGUCAUGCAAAUGUGCAGUUGCCAUAUGAUAAUCUCACUUCAUCCGAAACAGGACAUCCAUUGGUAGACAGACAGGGGGUAGUCUUUCUCUGCUUUGUCCCAUUGACACCAACGGACACCUGUGUAAUUUUUAAAUAAAGCAUAUUAAAAUCAUCA